GAAAACAGCUAUGGCGGAUAUCAUUUUGUUGUAAUGCCAAAUAGAGUGAAGGGCCUUGGUGUUUAUUUUCGAAGAGAAAUUCGUGGGCUUUAAAUUAUAAUUAUUAGUGUAUGUAAUGUAAUUAAUAAAUUACUUGUGUACGGCGAAAAACUGGAUAAAGGUAAGUGUGCAUCAUAAUUUAUUUUCUUGUGGGAAUAUCCGUGACCCUAUUUACCGAAGCGGUAUUCCGAUUUACCGUUACCCGAGCGCGUGGCGGUCACAGUGCUGUCUAGAGAGUGCCGUGAGGUCCGCGACUCCGCGUUCAACCCCUCCUCUCGCUUUUUUCCUGCCAGUGGAGGAAGGAGUCGGGAGCGGGAGUGAUUUUGGUGUGUGGAAGGCACAUGGAGGGGAUCUUGCACCUUGGUGGGGAUGCGUCGCGUCGUGCGUGAUGGACGUUCAACGGGGAGAGUUCAACUGGUAGGGGUGAACAACCUUCGAAUCUUUGUUUGCAGACCUCGGUCAUCACCAGAGGUCCGGCUCAUCUAAAUGAAUUGAAUGAUUUUCAGACGAACUUCUAAGAUAAUUGCGUAACUGGGAAAAUCCGGCCUUUUUGUUGGCAGUCUUUUGUCCUCAUAUUUUUCUUAUUUUGUUAGCCAAUGAAAAAGUAUAAGAUGUAUCAGGGUUUCUAUAAAAUUUCUCAUUAAUAAGUUUCCCUUUUUUUAAUUUUAAUUAUAAAACAAUUCCAUUGAUUUUUUUAGAUUAAACUAGUUAUAAUAUGCCACAAUAAUCAACUAAUGACCUUGGUGUGGUAUUUUAAAAAUGACAUGGUCAUUUGUAAAUGUUCUGUAAUAAAAAAAAUGUUUCUAUAUUUUACUUCAAUUUAUAAUAAAAAUAUCAAUCGAUAUAAUUUCAUUAAAAUUGUUAUUUAUGGCUUAUUUAAUUAACUCUCUUGCUUUAAUUACUGUAAAAUGUUAAAUCUUAAGCCUGUAAUAUCAAAAGUUAAUUGUAAAUUAUGACUGUUUAAAACUGUUUAAUGAAAAAAAAUCACUAAUGUGGAUUAUCCAAUCAAACUCCUUACAGUCACUGAACCACAACCACACCUCUGCAUGUAUCUUGUGAAAGUACAGCAAAGAGAAAGUGAGGAUCACAUUAGAACAACAUGCACAUAUACUGAUUGUCUGCCGUGUGUAUAGCUGACUUGCUGGUUGACUAUCGACUCUGCAUAAAAAACUUUCUUUAACCCACUUUCUUAUUAGUAGUACGCGAUCAUCUUUCGCCUCUCACCGUUGUUGUUGAAUUAAUUUUAGUGUUGUGCGUUUGGUGGUUGGUAGUGGUAUGUGCCCUACCAUCGUUGUCCCAGUGCAGUCCUGUGUGGUGGGAAGGGACGUGGGGAUAGCCGCGGGUGUUUUGUGAAUGAGCUGAGUGGGAUUGUGUUUUUUUUUUCGUCGUCUUUUUGUCCCGCCGCGGCGGCGGUGCGGUGGAGGAAACGAUGUGCGACAUGCAGAAUAUGCCCACAAGAGAGGAUGCCUCUUGCAGUGACGAAGACUCAGAGAUGAAUUUUGCUGCAUUCUCAACAAUGGGUGCCACUGGCACUCAUUUUGUGACAACAACCGGUCAAAUCCCGGUUGCAAAACUACAACAGAAUGUCUCUAAUAAUGGCAGCACUCUUUCGCAGGUAGUAGGUAUGGUGGGUGGCGUGGGUUUAGGCGACGGGGUUCAGUACGUUCGCACGUUGGAAGGAGGGUUGCAAGCGACACCGCAGCUCAUCUCCGUGCCGAUCGCACUACCCGGCGCUAAAUCAGGCGACCCACCGCAGACUGUGCAGAUUCAGGUGCUUAACCCGAAUAUAACGCUGCAACACCAGCAACAACCGAAAUAUCACAUGCAGAUACCGAUACAGGGAUUCCAGCAAGGUGGAGCUGUUCUUACAGUAGCAUAUUCACCUGAAGCGAACGAAGCCGGGGGCAUACAAUUAGUUGGACAAAAUGGACUACCUGAAGGACUACAAGUAGUAGCUGCUUUGCCUCCCGAUGUUCAGUUGAUACAGGCGUCCGAGAACAAGGAGCCGAUGCCCCAACACCAGGUGUUCAUAACGCCGAACCAGCAGAUAAUUAUCAACGGCCCCGACGAGCAGAAGGUGUCGAACAACAACAACACCACCAGCGCGGACAACAACAAUGGCUCCUUCAGUAUCGUCAUUAAGGAGGAGUGUGAUGACGCUGUGCAAGAGGACGAAAGCUCGCAAGGCACUGAGGCGAGCGAUUCUUCUACGUGGCAGAUGAGCAGCAGCAGUCAGCAGGAUCUUAUCAAAUACCUCAAUACACUGCCCCCACAGCAAACGCAGCAAUUACCCGUCUCACUGCAACAGUUCCUGAGAUUGAACCCUGGGGACGUGAAGGUGGAACAUAUAGAACACAUGGACACUGACGCGCAAGAUGAUGACGGAGAAAAGAAGGACGAACAUAUCACUGAGGCUGUGCUAGACGAAGACGGCUCCAUCGUAAUAACUCAAAGCAAGAAAAAGAAGAAAUACAAGAAGAAGCCUCCACGACCGGCCAGACCAAAGCCAGGCCAAGUUGUAAUCGCUACUGCUUCGGACGGAACUACUGUCUUCUGCUGCCCCGAGUGUCAGAUGGCUUACCCAGAGAAGGAGCAGUUGGAAAUGCACCUUAUCGUACACAAGAUAGAGCGGAGAUUCAUUUGUGGAAUAUGCGGUGCUGGAUUGAAACGCAAGGAACAUUUAGAGCGCCACAAGCUAGGCCACAACCCGGAGCGGCCUUACGUCUGCGGCGUCUGCAGGAAGGGGUUCAAGCGACGCGAGCAUCUCAACCUGCACACUGUCAUACACUCCGGUGUCAAGACCGAAAUGUGCGGCGAGUGCGGCAAGGGUUUCUACCGCAAAGACCACUUGCGUAAACACACGCGGUCUCACGAGAGCAAGCGGGCGCGGGACGAAGCCAACGGCGACUUCGUUGUGAAGCCCGCAGCUUCCGCUGCCGCUACCUCCACCAACACUAUCUUGCCAGAGAUCACAAUACACGUGCCGACAAGUUCGAACACGCAAGUGCCUGUACAGAUCAACAUCCCCCACCAUGUGGUCUCUUCGAUAGCGGCUGCUGAGCUUGCUAGACAACAACAGGAAGACACACAGAGCCAACUAGAUGCUUUGUUAGCACAACACACGUGACGUCACCACAGAACACGUUUACAAGGACUGUGAAGUGCUAUUGUAGUCUAGUGAUUGCGAAGUGUAAUUAUGGAUUCGAUACAGUGCUAUAAACAAUGAAUUGGAAGAAGGAUGAAAAAGUAAAAAUUUUAUAAGUUAAGAGUGCUUCAAGAACUAAAUUUGAACAGAACAGAAAGAGAAAGUUGAAUAAAACAUGUUCUGCAGGACUAAGAUCAAGAGAUGCAGUGAAUGCAAGCAAUUGAAUAUGUUGCGAUGGUGACUUUCGUUGUUGUCCAAUGAUAUGAUCACCUUAUGUGUUCAACUUAAAAAUCAAUGCAUAUAUAUUAAUCGCUGUACCUAUUAAUUGUAAUUCUAAAACAGUGUGCUUACAAUAUAAAGCGACCAAAUUUUUCAUUAAACUGUUACUAUGUUUAGAGACACUCAAUCUUUAACACUCUUCCAAUUCCAAAAGCUAUAUGGUAAUAGAUGUGUAUAUUGUUAGGUGAAAAGUAAGGACUGUCUUUUUGUAUUAUUAAUAAAGACUAGGUCACUUUCUAUUGUAAGCACAGCAGUAAAAAAGCGACCUACUUUUUAUUAAACUGUUACUGUCUCUAGGCAUACUCCAUCUUUAACACUUCCAACUCCAAAAGCUAUAUGGUAAUAGAUGUGUAUAUUGUUAGGUGAAUGGCAAGGAACCACUGUUUUUUGUAUGUUUAACUUGGCGCUAAAUAACAUGUAUUGUGCAUUAUCUGCUGCAGGGCAGUUUAAGUGAUGACACUUUCCCACUAAGGGGAAAAUACUAUGAGUUCGAACACAUGACUUUAUUGUUUAAUACUCAAGUCUCUUUGUAUGCUAUAAUAAUUGUUUGAAAAUUAACAUGAUAAAGAAUUAUUUAGGAAUUUAUUAAAGUAAUUUUUCUCAUUUAAGAUAAAGUUGCCAGCAUGGUGGGUUUCACCUAGGCUCUCUCUAUGUCAAGUGACACUUUGGAUAAACUUUGAUAGCCGUUCUCAAUAACCUAUUUUAAAAUGUGAGCUAGGAUAUCUAGUACAGAUGUACUAGAUAAAUUUAGCCCUUAUCAGGUCAGUAGUCUAAAUUGAUUAGGUUAUUGACUAUUGUUAUCCAUUUUCAUUAUUUUUAACCUUAGCUUUGAUAGUUGCAGUGCCUUUCUGUACAGAUACCAUGAUGUAUUAUUUGAAAGCGCAAAUUGUUAAUCUCUGAAAACUAAAUAAUUGUUGUAUAUACUUAUUCGUACUUUGUUAUUAUUGUGUAUUAAUUGUGUAGCUAUACAAUUUUAUAAUCAGGCAGGCUUAACUUUUACAUAAAAUUUUCAUAGUUGGAAGUAAUGGAAUCCUGAAUAAAUCACUGAAAUGAUAAAAAGAAAUCAUUGUUAAUCCAUUUUAAUGGUUACACAAAAUAUCAUCUCACACUGUGAUAAUUAUACCAUUUACAAUUGUGAUGGAUAUCUGAUUGCUGUUGCUUUGUGAUGUAGUUGUAUGCUUUAUAAACAGAUGUUUCAGUUUUGUAUUAUAAUAACUUUGCUAUUUUUAUCAAUAUUUUGUGAACUGAUGGUUCUUAUUGUGGAGUUGGUAAAUUAAUUUAAAUGAGACAUAAUUUAUAAUGAAUGGUGAUGCAAGAGCUUUUUAAAAAUAUUGUUCAUAAUAUGAAAAUAUGUCUUUAUGUCCCUAAAUUGAGGGGUUUAAUAUAGUAACCGUUCUUAUUGCACAAAUGAGAAGAGCUAAUGCAUAAACACUUUAUAUUCUGUUUAAAUUGAUUUUUAUGCACAGUCAUAGCAUGGGCCAAUAAUAUAGGUAUGGAUAAAUUUCUGGUUGCUACGAAUUCAUUGAUAAGCCGUUAAAGCUCUUACUAGAUUUUGGAUUGAAAAAAUAACAUUUGUUUAGGAAAAUGGCUCAGUUGAAAUGACAUUGAACUUCAUUCAAGUUAAAUUGAGAUUUACUCAAAAUCAAUAACUUAACAUUUUACUAUCACCAAUUCUGUACCCUUAGCACAAACCAAUAUCGAAUUCGAAUAGUUUGCGAGUGCGAAAUGUCAAUCUCACAUUUUGUAUGGAAACUCGAGCAGCGGCGCCGGCGCCACUACGGACAUUACGAGAACUAAAACUCAGUACACAUUUGACAAUUAUAUUUCCCACUCGCAAACUUUUCGAAUUCGAUAUUGGUUUCUGCUAAUGGUACUGUACCUAAAACGGGAAGUUUGGCAGAUCUGUAUUCGUAUCGCUAACGUCAAAGUUUCUAUGAGAACAAAGUAGCGCCCUAAGCGGACGUAAGAAGGAAGACGUAACAAACAAGCUUUUUCCAUAGAAAUUGAAAUAAUGAUACGAAUACAUUUUCGCUAGUGUGUUCGUGUUUGGGGUACAGGAUAUUUUUUAGUAAGAACAAUGUUGAAUGGUAGGAAUCUCUAAUCCAUUACAUCUAUCAACUAUACUAUAAGAUCAGUUCCUCUUUGCACAAAAUAUCAACUUAUUACUGAAAAAUAUUGCACCCUAAAAGAUCAACUUAACAUGUUUCCAAAAAAUAAAUUUGAAAUAUUUGUUUAAAAUAAUGUGUCUUUGAAUUCUUAACUUCUAAAUUUUCAUUCAUUUUUGCCAUAGGUUAACGUUUGUGAAUGCAUAUCUUGAAGUGGUGUUUCCAUAUUUAAUUAAAUAUAUUUGUAUCAUACUACAUUUCGAUAUCAUUAAGAGUAUUUUAGAAUCUAAGGCUACUUCCAUCACAAUAAGUUAUUUUUUGUCAGCUUUAAUGUAGGUGUAAUUUUGAUUCGAAUUUUAUCAAUGUACUUAGUUUUAGUUCACGUAGCUGCAUGCAUAAAAUAUAUCACUAAUAAUCUAUACGCACUAACCGGUCAAGUAAAAUGAUACGUAAAAAAACAUGAAAUAUAUACUUUAUUUUUUAAUGGUCUCUAUAUGUUGUAUGUGUUAUCUCUUAUUUCGUUAUAUAUCUGAUCAGCUUGCAUUAACUUCUACUGUUUAAAAUUUUAUAAUAUCAAAUUCCUGUAAACAAAUACCAAUCAGAUUCUGUUUACAUAUUUCUUCUAUCUAUUUCAUGAUUUUGUACAAACUUAAGAUUUUAGUAGUACUACUAACAAAUGGUUAGCUAUUACAUUUCUUUUUCAUUAUUAUGAUGUGAGAGCAGAGUCGAAGUCAACAGGGCUGUGCCUGUAGCAUAUUAAUCCUAAAAUUAUCGAGAAUUUGAUUAAUCAAUAAUACAUUUGCUUAACUAACUGAACUGAGAUUUUUUAGUCAUUUAACUUUUGAUAAAUAAUACUUUUUAAACACUACUACAAGGCAUAUCAAAAUUUAUUACCCGACACCAAUGGAACGAAGGUGCUUUAUUAUUAUUAUAAUUAUUAUUUCCUCACUAUGGAAUUAGUCUGUAAAUUUAUUCUAAGGCAAAUUUAGAUAAUGUUUGUAAGUAAACCACAAUAUCGCAUAGUUAACGCAUAAACAGCCACAUUCAGAAAAGUCAAUGAACUUUAAUUUUGACUUAAGAUUAUGCUGUCACUUUCGUUGGUAUAACAAUAGAAUGAGACAACAUAUGACUUGAUGUAACAUUAAUUUGUCGUUUCUAAGUAUGGUUGUGGGUACCGUAUAAAGAACAGGUAGUUUCAUACUAAUGACUGACAAAAUUGAAUACUUCUAAGUCACAUUCUUCAUCACAAUAACAUUUAGUUUUAUUUUCAGUAUUCUUCCACAGAUGUAGCUAAACCUUAUGGUAUAAUUAAUACGUUAAAAUGCCUCAUCAUCAUCAUUAACAUCACUAAUAACUCGUGAAGAUGAAUGAAUGAAUAACCUUGUUUACUCAAAGUGUAAAAAUACAUAAUAUUAUUUAAAACCCCUUUGUAUAUUCUGAUAGACUAUUUAUUUAUUAAUGUUUAGCUCCUAACUGAUUAGCGUAUAUUUUUUUACUUCGUUGUUUAUUUAGUGAAGUAAGCCAAAAUGCGGCGAGUAUUAUAAAGUAAGACAUAAUAAAUUAGACAAGUUAGCUUUCCUUGGAAGUUGUACCGGAAGUUUUGUGUAUGAAGCCUUUUAUUUUUAAGAGGACACCUUACAGUUCAGAACAGAAAUAAUGAGAUCAAAUAAAAACACUGAUUUUUAGUAAGUUGUUUAUUAUUUUAAUCCACUCCUCCAACCUUGACUUUAUAAUAACAGAUAUUGUAUUUUUAUGAAAUAAACUAUGACGAAG